AUGAGCCCAACUCUCAACAAUAUUGUAUCUUCUCUGCAGAGAAGUGGAACAUUUAUCAAUUCUUUAAUUGCUGCUCUAACAGUUGGUGGGCAACAGCUGUUCUCCUCUUUCACAUUCAGAUGUCCCUGUCAGGUUGGCAAAAAUUUCUCUUAUGGCUUCGCUUUUCUAGUCAUCCCUGCCUUGAUCCUUUUGAUUGCCGGCUAUGCUCUGAGAAGCCAAAUGUGGACAAUUAGGGAACAGUACUGCAGCUGUGCUCCUCUGCGCCGCAGACCCAGUCCCCUGGAACGCAAGCUGAUUUGCCUCAGGUUCUUCAACAUCACCGGCAGAGCACUUGUUGCUCCAUUAUCUUGGCUUGUGGUGACGCUGCUGACAGGCACCUACUACGAGUGUGCAGCAAGUGAGUUCGCAUCUGUGGACCAUUACCCCAUGUUUGAUGACAUUGCUGCCAGCAAACGGGAAGAGAUCCUAGCUGGGUUUCCAUGUCGUACAUCAGCUCCUUCUGACAUGAGCCUGGUAAGGGAUGAAUUGAGUCUUCUGCACAGAUACCAAUCACAGAUGCUGGGUUGGAUUUUGAUCACCUUGGCAACCAUUGCUGCCAUAGUCUCCUGCUGUUUGGCGAGGUGCUGCUCUCCCCUCACUUCUCUGCAGCAUCACUACUGGACCAAUCACUUCCAUAACGAAAAGGAACUCUUCCAACAAGCUGCAGAGCAGCACUCACGACUCCUCAUCAUGCAGCGCAUAAAGAAACUGUUUGGCUUUGUUCCAGGGAGUGAGGAUGUCAAACAAAUCCGUAUACCUUCUCACCAGGACUGGAGAGAUAUUUCAGCCCCCAUUCUAUGUGUGGGUAAUGACUCACAGGCUUGCUAUAGCUCCCUUGGAGACAGGGUGGAUGAGGAGAAUGAGGAAGGCAAAUCGGGAGGUAUUGAAUUACAACCUUCUUUAUAGCACUUUCACCCUGCAGACUGCUUAACAGAUACUUUAUUUCUAUGAUGAUGGAGUUUCAAAGUAAUCUCUUCACCUUUUUUUCUUUCUUUUGAUAUUUGUUUAUGUAAGUCCACCCAAAAAUGGUCUUUCCAAGAUCAGUUUAUCUGAUAAUGAUGUCAAUCUCUACUUUCUUGAAAUCUC